AUGGAGCCUAUCGAGAUCAUUGAACCUCCCGGCUUCCGAGCCCAAGUAUCUUCCAUGCAACCCCUGGGAGAUACACCGAUCACUCACAAGGAUGGAUCCAACCAUCUCAUGAUGAAUCCGUCAUCUUCGGUAAGAAACCGCAAUGUCGUUAGUAACCUGACUGAUCCAGGCCGUGUUACUUUGAAUGCAGGAACACUCCGACAGGAUGGAACAACCACCAUCGGAGGACAACUCACCCGAACCAACUUCACCACCCCGGGCAUAGCAAUGAGCAAUGCCGCCGUAGGAGGCACACAACCUACUAUACUGGGGCCCAACCUGGCGGUCGCGCCAAGCCAAGCCAAUCAACAGGCGGACGGACCCAGCCAGAGGGAGAUCACCCAAGAGCAGCUGUUUGGGAAUGAAUUCACCCAACCAACCGCGAUCGGCCCGUAUGCAAUCAGAGACGAGGGCCUGGCAAGAAAGUUGGCUGAAAUGGAGGCCUUGAUCCAACGAAUUCCUGGUGUCCCGGCACCCAUCCACAAAAGCUCAGAGAAUUGCUACGCCGACUCGCCAUUUGUGGAUGAAAUUGCUCUAGUUGAAAUGCCCGUCAAGUUCAACUUUCCAAUCAUGCAAAUGUUUGAUGGAACAACGGAUCCGACCGACCACAUAGCUCAAUACAAGCAACGGAUGUUCACUGCCGCAAUUCCUCGUGGAUUGAGGCAGCAAUAUGCUAGUAGCAGGAAACUUGAAAAGAUAUCAGAGGAUCUUUACGCCGUGAUCCAACGACGUGACGAGUCCCUUCGAGACUACAUAGGUCGAUUCAACAAGGAGAAGGUGUCCAUUACAAAUUGCAGCACCCAGACAGCGAUCACCGCCUUUCGAAAGGGUCUUCUGCCCGAUUCGGACCUCUACAAAGACCUCACCAAAUACCCUUGUAGAACAAUGGAAGACGUCCUCGCCAAGGCGUGGGCACAAAUCAAGUGGGAGGAAGAUCAAUACAGCCAUCACCGAUCUUCACCAAGCAGACACACUAGAAGAGAUUCCAGGGUGGAUAGACGGACGAGUGACAGGCGAUCUGAGCCUUACCCACCCCCACGACAAGAAUACAGAAGGAGACAGUAUGACCACCCUUACGAGUCACGACCACGUGAGAGGGCAAAUAUACCAGAAUACAACUUGUCUAUCUCACCAGCCGAGGCGGUCGAAGCUCUUAAGGGGCUCGGAGACAAGGUCAAAUGGCCAGAAAAGAUGAGGACACCAGCUGAUCAGAGGGACAAGUCGAAGUGGUGCGAUUUCCACGCUGAUCACGGACACCGAACAGAAGAUUGCAUCGCAUUGAAGUUAGAAGUGUCGCACUUACUAAAGCAAGGUCACCUGACUGACCUCCUUACCGACAAGGGACGUCAAACCUUGCAACAAGGCCAAGAUCGUCAGCAGAGCAACACGGAUGUCACCCCGCCUAGACCACCGCAACCUGAUCGAACAGUGAACGUGAUAACUGGCGGAUCAGAAGUUAGUGGAAUCACUCACUCGGCAGCCAGGAGACACACCAGGCAGGCUGGACAUUUACAAGCUGAACAUGGCAAAGCCGAAAGAAACGCAACCAUCCAGCCGGCACAAACCAUCUCUUUCACCACAUCCGAAUCCACCAGGCUACUUAAUCCCCAUCAUGAUGCUUUAGUAAUUUCAAUUUGUAUUGCAAACUGUUUAACCAAGCGUGUACUAAUCGACAAUGGUAGUUCUGCCAAUGUCCUAUUUUUGUCUACUCUCAGGGAAAUGGGAAUCGACGAAACUAAGAUCAUAAGGAAGAUGACCGUUCUCGUUGGCUUCAGCGGAGAGCAAAAAAGCACGCUUGGUGAAAUCGAGCUACCCGUCUAUGCUGAAGGGGUCAACCUAUGCACGCGGUUCCUAGUGGUGGAUUCUCCAUCUGCUUACAAUGUCAUUUUGGGUCGACCAUGGAUACACGAGAUGGGGGCUGUACCGUCCACCUACCACCAAGUCCUGAGGUUCCCGACAAAGUGGGGAGUUAGGGAGAUUCGAGGAGACCAAAGAGAUUCCAGAUCGUGCUAUCAAACAACGAUGAAAGCAAAACAAGCUGUCUUAUAG